GUUUCAGGGACUGAACGUUUUUACUUCCGGUUUAUUUGACGCAAGAUCCAUGAACCCUCGCCAGACUCUUGCAGUUCUUUCCUGUACCCUUCUUCAAACCAAACGCGUUUCUUCACAGUAUUCUCAUCGGCUGAGUACCCAGAUGCGACAAAAUACAACUGACUGAAGCUCAAAGAAUCGAGACAUGGAUGAUGACGAGGAGAGGUUAUCCAGGCCACGACGAGCAACUGAAAAAAGAAAGAAAAUGAGGUGUCGCACAGAUGUCACUGUAGAAGAUCUUCACCAUGAGAAGCACAAUCCCCUCCACGUCAAACAGGAAGAGGAGUCCAAGAUGCCGUUCAUCAAACAGGAGGCAGAGCCAGAGACCCCCAACAUGAAAGAAGAAGACCAGGAAGUUGAAAUCCACAUGUUUCCAAUGGGUGUCAGUGUGAAGAGCGAAGAAGACAAAGGACCGAGGCAAGAGAGCGGAGCAGCGAACCUUUUGACCGACAGUCCAUUUCAGCACGUGACAGCAAAAGUAGAGGGACGAUCGCAACCGGACAGCCUCUCAGCUCCGCUUUUGGACAGCGACGACAUAACGUCACAUUCUUCUGACUUUAAUACUGAUGAGGAGGGUGAUGACUUUGACCAAAAUGCUUCAAAAUCUUUAAAGAAGUCAUCAUUGAAAAGAGACACCAAGGAAUGCAUGGUUGGGAAACCUUUUCCCUGCUCAUUCUGUGAUAAAUCAUUUUCUUGGAAACGUAAUUUAAUGGCACACAUGCGUAAACACACCGGAGAGAAGCCUUUUGCCUGCACGUUUUGUGGUAAAAGAUACAUCGAUAAGAGAGGUUUAAACAUUCACACAAGCAAUCACACUGGAGAGAAGCCUUUCGCCUGCACACUUUGCGGGAAAGGAUUUUCUCGGAAGGAUAUUUUAGAAAUACAUAAGCGCAUACACACUGGAGAAAAACCUUUUGCAUGCUCACUUUGUGGUAAAAGAUUUGCUCAGAAUGGAACUUUAAUAAGGCACGCAAGAGUUCACACUAGGUAAAAACCUUUGAAUUGCAGCGUGUGACAAAAUAUUCUGAUUCCUGCCACGCAUUUACAGUGGAAAAAGCAUUUAAAAUUUUCAGUUUCCCUUGAGUCUCUUUGGUUGUUGAAAUGAUUUUUCAGGUGCUGUUCUUUUUCUAUCCAAUAUAUAUGGCGGAAAAUACUCAGGUGACUUGAAGUUCCGCUCUGAGACCCCCAAUUUAACCAAAUUUCAAAAUUGUCCGAUAUGCAUGUGUGAUACAUCAUUGGAAAGCUUAAAACCUCCAUUUUCUGGGGGAAGAAACAUUUUGAACAGGAGGACAUAUAAGAAAAAAAUUUUAAACAGCAAAACCCUUACUGGAGGUGAGAGCACGCCAGAGCAGAAUUACAGAUGCCAUGACUUUAACAAGAUAUUAUCGUGUACUUACCUUGUUUCGAUCCAAAAACUCCAUGUAGUAUGUACGUAUCACUGAGUGUCAAGGCACAGCUGUGAAUUGCCACAGCCGUAUUUUGGGGGGAUUUUAUGGGUGAAAUAUAGUAAUAUAACAAGGGUCGCGAUGCAGAAAUUGCAGACAUCAAGGGGUGGUCGAGAUUUUCAUAUAUUUACCCCUUUAAAGUUUUUUUUUUUUUUUUUCAAUUUAACUUUGUUUGGAUCGAUUAUCUAACAUAUCGGAGAAAAUGCGACAGUAUUGAAAAAAAUACAAUUAAGCGAUAGUUAUGUGUUAAUAUCCGUGACUUUUUUCACCUUUUUUUUUCAUUGUGACGUUAUUUGUUUUAAAGUUAAAAUAUGCAAGUGAAUAAUUU